CCACCUCUUGCUCAGCGCUGGUGCAGCCGCCCCAUGGCCCCCGAGAUGGACCAGUUCUACAGGUCCACCAUGGCCAUCUACAAGAGCAUCAUGGAGCAGUUCAACCCCGCCCUGGAGAACCUGGUAUACCUAGGGAACAACUACCUGCGGGCCUUCCACGCUCUGUCCGAGGCAGCCGAGGUUUACUUCAGCGCCAUCCAGAAGAUCGGGGAGCAGGCCCUGCAGAGCUCCACCUCACAGAUCCUGGGUGAGAUCUUGGUGCAGAUGUCCGACACCCAGCGGCACUUGAACUCUGACCUGGAGGUGGUGGUGCAGACACUCCACGGGGACCUGCUGCAGCACAUGGAGAAGAACACCAAGCUGGACAUGCAGUUUAUCAAAGACAGCCGCCAGCACUACGAGAUGGAGUACCGCCACCGCGCGGCCAACCUGGAGAAGUGCAUGUCCGAGCUGUGGCGCAUGGAGCGCACGCGGGACAAGAAUGCGCGGGAGAUGAAGGAGAGCGUGAACCGGCUGCACGCCCAGAUGCAGGCCUUCGUGUCCGAGAGCCAGCGAGCAGCUGAGCUGGAGGAGAAGCGGCGCUAUCGCUUCCUGGCUGAGAGGCACCUGCUGCUUUCCAACACCUUCCUGCAGUUCUUCGGCCGGGCCCGGGGGACGCUGCAGAACCGCGUGCUGCUGUGGAAAGAGCAGUCGGAGGCCAGCCGCGGCCCGUCGCGCGCCCACUCCCCGGGCCUGCUGGGCCCCGUGCUGGGGCCGCCCUACCCCUCGGGCCGCCUGACGCCCACCCGCCUGGACAUGCCCCAGCGGCCUCUGGGCGACUUCGGCGCCCCCCGCAGCCGGCACGGCUCCGGCUCCUAUGGUCCCGAGCCGGCCGCCGAGGCGAGGUCCGCGUCGCAGCUGGAGCCAGAGCGCCGGCCCCUGCCCCGGACGCCGUCGACCGCCUCGCUCUACGGCGGCGGCACCCGGAGGGUGCGCGCCCUGGUCUCCCACUCCGAGGGCGCCAACCACACGCUGCUGCGCUUCUCGGCGGGGGACGUGGUGGAGGUGCUGGUGCCCGAGGCGCAGAACGGCUGGCUCUACGGCAAGCUGCAGGGCUCGUCCGCGAGCGGCUGGUUCCCCGAGGCCUAUGUGAAGCCUCUGGAGGACGCGCCCUUGAACCCCAUGAAGCCCUUGAGCCCCAUGACCUCCAUGAACCCCGUGACCCCGGCAAAUGAGCUCCCCUCCAGGUCCUACCCGCUCCGCGGCAGCCACAGCAUGGACGACCUCCUAGACCGGCCGGGCAACCCCACGGCGUCCUUGGAGCACUGGGACGGCCAGCCCCACUCCCGGACCCCGAGCCGGGUCCCGAGCCCUGCACCCACCCCUCUGCCUGGCAGCCGCCGGAGCAGCAUGGGCAGCGUGGGGGCGGCCGGCGACGUCAAGAAGCUGAUGUCCUGGGAGCAGCACCCCCCGGAGCUCUUCCCGCGGGGCACGAACCCCUUUGCUACCGUAAAGCUGCGUCCCACGGUCACCAACGACCGCUCGGCACCGCUCAUCCGCUGAGGCGCUUCCUGCACGGGGAGGGGGCCAAGGCCAUGCCCUGCGCCCGCCCCGGACGCUUCCCAGCUGGCAGUGGCACGGCUGGCGGCAGCAGAUC